GAGGUUGAUGUGUGAACUCUGGGAAUCCAUCGGCACCCCGCGCGUUAUUGUUGCCAGGACACUUUUCUCGCGUCCUCGGGUUUGCGUAAAUGUUCAAGGAAUGGAAAGUAUUCUGGUGGAAUUAUAAACUCGGGGUCAAACGGGACAGAAGCAGAUAAAGUCGGAGGUUUUGGAUUCCGCGGCUUGGUUUAUAUGAACCUGUUCUCCGGAUCUGCGGACGCGCUGCGCUGCGGUGGAAACUCGGGGUCCAUGUGGCGCUUCUGGAUCACGCAUCAGCGGACGACGGUUCGGUUCCAAAUCAUGUGGCUGCUCGUGUGCUCCCUCAUCGCGGCGUUGAGCGGUGAGAAUUACGCCACACAGGCCCAGGUGAUGUCCUCCAAAGCGCUGAGGGCUUCAAACGCACGCAGCAAUGUAACAGACAGCAAUCGCCUCACAGACUUGUACCGGAAGGAAGAGGUCAUAAUGGUCAAGAGCGGAGGUCACAUCCAGAGCCCGCGCUUCCCCAACUCAUACCCCCGCAACCUGCUGUUGUCAUGGAAACUGCUCUCGCCGCCCCACACGCGCAUCCUGCUGGAAUUCGAUGCUCAGUUUGGACUGGAGGAGGCAGAGAAUGGAGUCUGCAGGUAUGAUUAUGUGGAAGUGGAGGAUAUUUCUAAAACCAGCACCAUCAUCUGGGGCCGCUGGUGCGGACAAAGAGCUCCAUCACGGAUCUCAUCCAAAACAAACCUCAUCAAAAUCACCUUCAAAUCGGAUGAUUACUUCGUAGCAAAACCAGGAUUCAAAAUCUGCUAUUCACUGCUGGACAGCUCACCUCUCGCGUCUCAGACCAACUGGGAAGCAGUUACAGUGAUGUCAGAUUUCAGGGAGGUUUCUGGGACGGACACGCCACUGUCUGCGGUCGCGCUGGACAAUGACAUCGCCAGCGUCAGCACGGUGGAGGAGCUCCUGAGACACAUGAACCCCUUCACCUGGCAGGAAGACCUGGAGCAGCUCUACACACUCACACACUACUACAGACCACGAACUUUCCACACCGACCGCAAACACAAGCUUGAUCUCGACCGUCUCUAUGACGACGUGAAGCAGUACAGCUGCACUCCGCGCAAUUUCUCGGUCAAUCUCCGCGAGGAGCUGAAGGCGACCAACGCCGUGUUUUUCCCACGAUGCCUCCUGGUGCAGCGCUGCGGGGGAAACUGCGCCUGCGGCACCGACAACUGGAACUCCUGCAGCUGCAGUGCUGGAAAAAUCGUCAAGAAACUACACGAGGUGCUGAAGUUUUCUCCAGGUCCGAGUUUCUACAGGAAGAAAACACGAGCUCAAUGGGUUCUGGAGGAGAUUCACCUGCAGCAUCAUGAGAGAUGUGACUGUGUGUGUCAGUCCAGACCGCCGCGAUGAACACACACACACACACACACACACACACACACUCAGACGUAUAGCUACAGGUCAUGCGUCCACCUAAACAAAACCCCUAUUAAUAACA